AUGCGAAUUGGUUCAAAGGCUCGCAGUAAUUUGCAGUCUUCUUUUGUUCCGCAAAUCGGUGUGAACGCUCGUAAUAAUUCGCAACCCUUGUUUAUACUUGUUUUGGAGUCCCCUGUCUUUCCAAAACAAGGGGGAUCAUCAUCAAAAGAACCUCAGCAACCUUUGAAGACCAAUACUAGUACAUUUGGUAAUGAUGAGCAAAAACCCAAAGUAUCCAAUGAAGCGAAGGAUAAUGUAGCUUUGGGUUCAAAAGGAAAAGAAAAAAUUUUAAGUGAUGAGCCCAUUGUCGAUAAUAGUGAAGUAGAAGAGUCGGAUGAAAACGAGGUCAAAAGACGAAAGGCUCAAGAGGCUGAAAUGGAUGAACAUCAAAGUCUCAAUUGGGAAGCUGAAGCGAAAGACAUGAAUUGGUUAGAACCUAUAACCUCUUUUGAUUUGGAGAAUUCGCAGAUUUCUCAAUUUGACAUGCCUAUCACUCCGCGAGCAUUCCUCUUUCGUAGUUUUGACGUAAUUGCAAAUGCUCCUGCAACAGAUGAGAAUGUUGAUAAUUCUUUAAUGGAGUUUUACAUAUCCCAUGCCAAGCCUUAG